AUUCGAACCCCGUACCCGAUAUCGGCAGUUCGUAACACUAACUAUUCACUAGACUAGACAAUUGAGGCAAUUCCAUUAAUUCAGGAUUUUUUUCAAUUAUUCACUUUGUCACAACACUAUUUUUAUUUCAUCAAAUACUGACAACACAGUAAACGUCAGUUGACUUCGUCUAAUUAAAAAUACGACUAUAGGAAGAAGCAAGCAGUGAUCGAAAAUUUGAAUUUCGAUAUUGGUCGUUAUUGACAAAAAUAGUGCCGUCUUUUUUACCCGAAACAGUUAACUAACCUAGCAAACCAUAAUAAAACUAGUCUUUCUAAAUUUGUGAUGUAACAAAAUUAAAUAAUUAGUUUUAAUUUUAAUAUAGUGUCGUCGUAUUUUUUUUUUAAAUAAGUUGCCGUAUAAAAUUUGUAAUUCAUAUUUACGAAUAAUGUUUAAACGAAUAGCACUUGGUAUUUCUGGAGGGGUAGAUAGUGCUGUUGCAGCAUUAAUUCUUAAGAGAGCAGGAUACCAAGUCGAAGGAGUUUUCAUGAGAAAUUGGGAUGGUAACUAUGAAGCUGGUUUUUGUACGGACGAAAAAGAUUUAGAUGAUGCAAGCUUCGUUUGUCGAAAACUUGAUAUUCCUUUGCAUAAAGUCUACUUCAUCAAAGAAUAUUGGAAUGAGGUAUUCACAGUGCUAUUAAAGGAGUAUGAAAGUGGAAUAACACCAAAUCCAGAUAUACUGUGCAAUAGAUAUAUCAAAUUUGAUAGCUUUUUCGAACAUUGCAGGAAAAAUUUAGAAGUUGACGCUAUUGCUACUGGUCAUUAUGCAAAUACAUCUUUUGGUCCAUUCUUGCAGAAAUAUUCAGACAACAAAGAAGUGCAGUUAUUGCAACCAGCUGACAAACACAAGGAUCAAACAUUCUUCCUAUCACAAGUGAAACAAUUCUCACUUAGACGUUGCAUGUUCCCUUUAGCUAAUCUUAAGAAAAGUGAAGUCAGGGAUAUUGCAAAAAAAGAGGGCCUUAUAAAUGUAGCUGAUAAAAAGGAUAGCACUGGUAUUUGUUUUAUCGGAAAAAAGAGAUUUCAAAGUUUUAUUGAAGAAUAUAUUGAGACAAGAAAAGGAUUCUUCAUAGAUAUAGAUACAGGUCAAAUAGUUGGUGAACAUAGUGGUCUACACAAAUGGACAGUCGGUCAGAGAUGCUGCCUUGCUAAUUGGAAACAAGCAUAUUUUGUCUUCAAAAAGGAUUUGCAGACUAACAACAUUUAUGUGGUUGCAGGCACUAAGCAUCCGGCUUUAUGGAAUGAUCUAUGUUUUACAAAUAAACCUCAUUGGAUACAUAGAGAACCUAUUGAAUUAGCAGACAAUGGUGUACUGAACUGUUACUUUAGGUUUCAACAUACUAAACCAUUAGUGCCUUGUAGAGUGGUAAAAAGUUUUGUUGGACUCACCAUUAUAUUAGAAAACCAUCUAAGAGCUAUAACAGAAGGUCAAUAUGCUGUCCUUUAUAAAAAUAUCGAAUGCCUUGGUAGUGCAAAAAUAAACAGUGUAUCCCAACAUCUUAUUUACUAAUUAUUUAACAUUAUCAAUUGUUAAAUAGGUAUUUAGUUUUAAGUAAUAGAAAAUAUAUGAUUUGUUGUCUUCCUAAUAAAAUGUUAUAGUAAAACAAAAUUAUCUUAUUGUUUGAUUUUCCUUUUAGUAUAUAUUUUAUUGAACGUAAAAUUAAUAAAAAAAUACAGGAAGCUUACUAUCUAUAUUACAUUUUAACUACCAUAACCUGUAUCCUUCUUUAAAUAUUCAUUUUCUACAUUCCAUGAUAUUGAUACAUUGAUGCAUUCCAUGAU